ACCGUAUCACACAAUGAUUAGUUGGUCGCGCGCAGAAAUAUGCGCAUGACGUGUAUGCGCACUGGCCACAGAUAAAAUACGAGGAGUAAUUUAUCGUAGUGGCGCGCUUUUCUACGUGCUUCAAUUUUUAGAAAUAUAAUUCGAAUUCGAAAUUCGAACUAAAUCAAAAUAUCACAUUUAUUUUGUCGUUUUGUGUGUUAAUGGAAAUAUAAAAAUAUGAGUGAAAAUGCUUGAAAAGUUUAUUUAAAUAAAUAAUGAGGGCACAUAAAAUACUUCUUAGUUUGUAAUUAUAUUUAAAUAAUGCAACAAUAAUAUUUUCAUAACCUUAACAUCACCCCAAUAUUCAAAAUACGCUAAAGCAUACCAACAGAAGGUUAAUCAAACAAAAACUGACGUGUUUACUUCGUACUAAAAGACAAUAGAGAACACAAUGACUAAAGUAGACAAUUGGAAGAAAAAUGCGCCAGAUCACUUGUUCGGGUGCUGUAUCGCCGCGCUCAGGGAAGGAAACGAGGCUCCGGAACUGUUCACGAGGUCAUGGACCGGAAGGGUGUCCCCGCUGUUCUGGCGAGUGCCGAUAUUUGUAUGGGCAGUGUGUAUUAUUACGUGGUCCGUCGUUUGCUUCUGGGGACCUCGAGAAAUGUUCCUCCUAUAUAUGACGCAUUGGGGCUUGAUUAUGAUACUUUUCGAAUCUCUAUUUGGAAUUUUAGUUUGCGUUAAGAAAAUUCCUGGAGAUUUACCUGGUCUACCAUGGUACGUGAGGACGUACUGGGUGUUGUACAACAUAACAAUUCCUCUAGCUUUCCUUAUCACAUUAUUCUAUUGGGCAGUUUUAAGAGCUCCGGGCAGGAAUUCGAAUUACGCGCCAAACCCGAUCUUGGACGUGAUGCUGCACGGCGCCAACUCGGGGCUGAUGCUGAUAGAGCUGGUGCUCUCGCGGCUGCCGAGCCGGCUGCUGCACGUCAUGCAGCCGCUGUACUUCUCCGGAGUCUAUCUGCUGUUCACGCUCGCGCAUUUCUUCGCUGAGGGACAUGAUCCAUGGGGCAACCCCUUCAUAUACCCCGUGAUAGACUGGUCGAAACCUCUGGAAACACUCAUAGUAUUAACUUUGACGGCUCUAUUUUUCGCCCUCAUGCACAUUCUAGCAGUGGGCAUCGCAACAGCACGUGACUUCGUCGUGAGGAAAUAUACGGAAAAUAAAAAUGGAGUUUAUAACGACGCUUUUGAACCUUAAUACAAAAUUGCUGAAAUGUCAUAACAUUUGUCUUAACAAAUGAAGAAAGAAGAAGUUAAGUGGUUAUACAUCUCAACACAGCAUCAACGGCUACUUUCAUAGAACUUUUUAAAAAUACCAAAGAAGCGUAAAAUAAUCUCAAAUUACAUGUGAAUAAACAAUCGAUUAAAUAUAAUGUACUAUCAGUAAAUAAUCACCAUCGUAUUGAUAUAACAAAAUCGUCUUCUAGAAAACGUCUUUUAAAAUGUUUUAAUGGACACUUGAGUAUUAAAUGCUUUUUUUAUUCAUGAUAUUCUUGCGGCGUUACUUAAUAUAUAUAGGUGACUUAUCACACCAUUGUAAAUAACAGUUAUUUAUUCAUAAUUAAGACUAAGAAGUUUCAAAAUUAAUACGAUAAUAAGUGCUUAAUUUUUGUAAAAUUAUAAUUAGGUUAGGUGUGACGUUCAAACUAGUGACACAAUAAUAGGUAGGAUUAGGACUUGAAUGGAUAUUGUUUUAAUAUUGUUUCAAAGCAUUAAAUCUUAAUAAGCCUGUGAUCAUUAUAAUUUAAUAUUAAGAAAUUUGUUAUUCUUCUACAAAAGAUGUUACCAACGUCCUUAAGGAGGAGGUUCCACCACAGAUGCUACUUGCUAGAAUGGGACCAAAGGACAACAAUUUCAAAACAUGGGUUUUCAUAAAUAUGUUUUAUGUACCAAAAACAACAUACAGGCGAAUUGAGAACCUCCUUCGUAUUUGUAAACGUCGUUUAAAAAUAUGUAGGUACUAAUAAGGGAUGCGUAAUAAAUUGCCGAAAUUAUAUAUCUUAAGUUAUCUAUAGGAUAAUAAUAAAGUAAUUUUUGACACUCAA